AUGGACGAAUCUAGACAGCAAUCUCUCUUCUUCAUCACACUUCCAGAUUUGCACAAACUCUGUGCGGUCCGGAUAACAUUGAGUAGUAGGGUAACAGAAACUGAGGUUAAGAGCACACAACUGAAAAUGUGCAGACAAUUACUGUUUUUACAUCAAGAUAUUCUUACAGCACCUAUGCCUGGAAUAUUAAACCAAAUUUGGGUAGUAAUGUCGAUACCAUUUUUUAAAGCUGGAAAACUUAAUGCCUACAUUGAAAAACAUGGAGCUAAGAUGGAGGCCCCACAAAGAGUAAUUCCUGCAAUACUUCAAGUCUGCCUUGUACAUUCAUUUACCACCAGACUUGCUCCAGCCUGGAAUAGAGCAGGUCAUCUCUUGGUGCAAGGAAGAGAUUUUCUUUCUCAGAUGGGAAAGCAAAAUGCUAUUGUAUUAGGCAUCAAUGUAACAGAAACUCAAAUUUGUCUAAGUAUAGAAGUUUGCACUAUCAGAAUGCCACCAGCUGAGCUGAUGGAGUUUGAAAUUUCUCAGCGUGUUAUGGAGAAUUUUCAUGCCAACCAGAAUGCCGUCAUUGAGACGCAUUCCAUUUUGAACAACUGGUGCUACAUUUUGCCAAGUAUGAAAAUGGGACAAAUAAUAAAUAUUCUUCAUACCAUACCCCCGGACUGUCCAUUUCAUUCCUUUGAAGAUUUCCAGAUGCACUGGGAUGAUAUGUAUGGUUAUAAACUUCCAGAAGAUUGUGGAGAAAUGAAAAUAUACUGCAACAUCUAUUUCAAAAUGAUCAGAGAAAAGCCCUUCACGUACCCUCUCAGUUGCAUCAGAAGUCAGCCCAUUCAGUUCUUCCCAAGGGUAGAUUUGGAAGGCGUAUUGAAAAGCUUUCUUUCAGAUUUAAAAUCCAAACUGCCUCACAUAUGCGGCUAUCCCGUAAAGAUGACAAACAAACCAUGCUACUACACACAUGACCUGAGCAAGCCUCAGACACAGGAAAACAAAGUCAAACUACAUAACUUGACCACUAAAAAACUGUUUCGGGCUUCUUUGACACAGGCCACUGGGGCCCUCAGUCUUCUCCCAUGUUCCUCGGCAGUGGACCACAAGGUGGAGCUUUCAGCCAGCCUGCCACAACCAGGCCUGUUCUCAGAGCACCACCAGUCAAACUCUGUUCUGGGCAGAAAGCCAUCCCAGCCUCCAGAGGCAUCACAGCUUCACUUGAAGGAGUCAACGCUCACCAGAGAAAAUGCCCAAGUCCACCACACAAAUGCUAGCUCCCAAAGAAACAGUGCCUCUGCAUUCAUACCCACGUUUAAAGGUAAACCUGGCCUGAUGAGCAAAAAUGUCUCAGCACCUGGCAAUCCAAAAAGAAAACACCAUGCUGCUACAGAGUCCAGGUUGCUUCCACUUACAAAUAGUGUAACCCAGGGAGACAAACCGAAUUUAGGUUUAGCUAUUAGAAAAAGGGCAAAGAGUAACAUCCAGGUGCAUGCUAGAAAUUUAAAUCAGAAGAGCACCAGACCUCAGCAAGAAAAAAGUAUUGAGCCCUGUGAAUACAAGACGCAAUAUCCCUCUCCUAGCAGAAAAUCAACCAUGAACCCAGGUGAACAUAAAUUGCUGACCCUGACUGCAGUAGAGCACUCAAACCUGAAUAUCAGUGUGACAAAAAGCACUAUUGAUAUGCAAGUGGAGAAGAAAGAUAACUUAACAAGAAGAUGUAUCACUCAAAUUCUGGGGAGAAGCCAUGAGUUGCUUAAACUCAAAAGACGGCCACACAUUUUUGAAUCAGACAUAGAAACUGAAGAUUCCCAACUACAGCAGCAACAAUCAGCAGGUCGGAUUAAUGAUGCUGAUGUUGCUGGCCACAGGUUGAUGGCAAACAGAACUGCCCACAGUUCCAAAGGAAAAGUCUGUCUGGAUUCACCGGCAACUGCUACAAAGCACCUUUCCCAUACUGCCUGUACUGCUCAUCACAGGCAGUCCAGUUCUAGGAACCAGGUGAAUGUAUUUCCUUUUAAUCUGAAAAUAUUCACAAUGGUUGAGAACAUGAAAAACCUUUAA